CUGUAGAGCCCCCAAAGCCAACUCGAGAGCCACCAAGGCCACCAAGGCCACCUGUAGAGCCACCAAAGCCAACUCAAGAGCCACCAAGGCCACCGAAGCCCAACUCGAGAGCCACCAAGGCCACUGAAGCCCAACUCUAGAGCCACCAAAGGCAAUGAAGCCCAACUCGAGAGCCACCAAGGCCACCAAAGCCCAACUCAAGAGCCACCAAAGCCAACUCGAAAGCCACCAAGGCCCAAUCAAGUGCCACCAAGGCCACCAAAGCCCAACUGUAGAGCCACCAAAGCCAACUCCAGAGCCACCAAGGCCACCGAAGCCCAACUCAAGAGCCACCAAAGGCGACUCAAGAGCCACCAAGGCCACCAAGGCCCCCCGCAGAGCCACCAAGGGCAGCAGCGGAGCCCCCGGGGCCGCAGCCAUGAACUCGUCGGGCUACGAAGACGCGGCGCCGGCCGAGGAGGCGGAGGAGCUGCCGGCGGCGGAGAAGGAGCUGGCGGAGGACGCGCCGUGGAAGAAGAUCCAGCAGAACACGUUCACGCGGUGGUGCAACGAGCACCUCAAGUGCGUCAACAAGAGCAUCGGGGACCUGCAGAGGGACCUGGGCGACGGCCUGCGCCUCAUCGCCCUGCUGGAGGUGCUGAGCCAGAAGAAGAUGGGCAGGAAGCACCACCCCAGGCCCAACUUCCGCCAGAUGAAGCUGGAGAACGUCUCGGUGGCGCUGGAGUUCCUGGAGAGGGAGAGGAUCAAGCUGGUGUCCAUCGACAGCAAGGCCAUCGUGGACGGCAACCUGAAGCUGAUCCUGGGCCUGGUGUGGACGCUCAUCCUGCACUACUCCAUCUCGCUGCCCGUGUGGGAGGAGGAGGACGAGGCGGCGCGGCAGCAGACGCCCAAGCAGCGCCUCCUGGGCUGGGUGCAGCACCGCGUGCCGCAGCUCCGCAUCACCAACUUCAACCGCGACUGGAACGACGGCAGGGCGCUGGGGGCGCUGGUGGACAACUGUGCGCCGGGGCUGUGCCCCGACUGGCAGAGCUGGGACCCGGCGCAGCCGGUGCAGAACGCGCGUGAGGCCAUGCAGCAGGCGGACGACUGGCUGGGGGUCCCACAGGUCAUCGCCCCCGAGGAGAUCGCGGACCCGAACGUGGACGAGCACUCGGUGAUGACGUACCUCUCGCAGUUCCCCAAGGCCAAGCUGAAGCCCGGCGCCCCGCUGCGGCCCAGGGCGCUGCGGCCCGAGUGCGUGAGAGCCUACGGGCCCGGGCUGGAGCCGCAGGGCAACACGGUGCUGCAGCCGGCUCGCUUCACGGUGGAGACGCAGGAGGCGGGCAGCGGGGAGGUGCUGGUGUACAUCCAGGACCCCGAGGGACACACCGAGGAGGCCCAGGUGGUGGCCAACAACGAUGAGAAGAGAAGCUUCUCUGUCACCUACGUCCCCAAAGUGGCGGGGCUGCACAAGGUGACGGUGCUGUUUGGGGGGCAGAACAUCUCCGGGAGCCCCUUUGGGGUGAACGUGGCCAUGGCGCACGGCGACGCCAGCAAAGUGUCGGCACGCGGCCCCGGCAUCGAGCCCAGCGGCAACGUGGCCAACAAGGCCACCUACUUCGACAUCUACACCGCAGGUGGGCGCGCGGCCGUGGCACCCAGUGGCGCUGGGGGCAGCUGGGGGGCGCUGGGGGGCGCUGGGUGA